GCACGUAAACAAACCCGAGGGCGAGCAGUCCUUCCCUCCGUCCUACCGUUGGAGUCCAAGAAAAACACGUCGAAAAGGUCUCUAUUUCUCUCCCACCCGACCAGAGACGAUGGCAGCCCUUCCUACGAGCACCGCGGAGGUCAUCGCGAGUGUGAAUACGCGGAGGAAGAUUCUGGCGACGGCGGUUUCGGGGAUCAUACAGGAAUCGGGUUUCCUGAACGUCGAGAAGGCGGCCCUGGGGACACUUGUGGAGAUGAUGCAGAGCAUGAUAAGUCAGAUUGGAAGAGAGAGCAAAGGAUACUCCGAAUUGGCAUAUAGGACAGAACCUAUAAUAGCUGAUAUUAUUAUGGCUCUGGUUGACUUGGGCAUAACCAUGGAGGGUUUACAAGCCUACAAGAUGAGGCCAAAUAGAGUUGUUAUUACACCUCCAGCUCAUCAGGUGGACCUCAAACAACAUAAUGUAUUACAAGUUGGAGACAAGAAAUCUCACCCAUCUCAUAUUCCUGAUCACUUGCCACCAUUCCCCGAUACACAUACAUACUGCUUCUCACAUACUUACAAGCAGCCAGUUACUGAGUAUGAGGCAAUUCGAGAAAAAGCUGCAACACAGAAGAGAGACAUUGAGAGAGCUCUGACCAAAUUUGCAGCCAAGACAAGAGAAACUCAGAGCUUAUUUUUCCCAGAGGACAAGGAAUUUAUGCUUGUUGGUGUUGAUCCAAACCCCAAGUGUUACCUGGAUGCCCUGAUGCCGCGGGACCAAGUAUUCGAAGAGGAGGAAGACAGAACGUGGACAAAGAAGCGAAAGACAAGUCAGGAUGAUGGAGAAAGUAAUCAGGAAAAAGACAGAAGUAAUGAAUCCCCAGAAACAGAGUUGGAUAACCCUUACUUGAGGCCAGUGAAGAUGCCACGGAAGCCAAAAGAGAGCAGAACACAAAAUCUUCCCUGAAGCAGAGGCUUUGGAGCUGUAGCUUUCAAUAUCACUAAUAAUUAUUAUUAUUUAAAAACAAAAAUAAAAAAGAAAUUAUAGAACUUUGUUCAAUUGAACAUAGAUAUGCCCUAUUAGAAAAUAAAACCUGAACAAUUU